AUGGCUACGGUCGUGGCAAAAUGUCGGCCGCCUCCCGAGAGAGCAGCGCCUGCGGUAGCGGACCCCCCUGGCCACAGCCAUGCUCGGUUAUUUGGUAUGCUUCCUACUUCUUGCGCCCUGCAUGUAUCUGCUGCUGAACUGCGUGGUACCUCGCGUACUCGGCGUGCAAGACCUCAAGAAGAAAUACGGCGCGACUUGGGCCUUGGUGACAGGACCGCGGCUCGUCCGGCAUUGGCAAAGAGCUGGAAGCUGCUGUCGCAGGGGCUGAACGUGGUGAUCGUGGCGCGCGGGGAGCCGGUUUUCGAUGAGACAGUGAAGGAGUUCAAGAAGCUGUUUCCGAAGCAGGAGGUUCGGCAGGUGAAGGCUGACCUCUCCGACGGCAGCGGGGCAUGGAUGGCUGACGUGAAGGAGGCCACCAAGGACGUCAGUGUGCAGAUCGUCUUCAACAACGCUGGUUUCAUCCUCACCGGCUUCUUCGAGCAGCACCCCGCUGAGAAGCAGCUGGCCAAUUUCCACUGCAACCUGACGGCGAACGUUCUUCUGACUCACCAUUUCUACAGCGAGAUGUUGAGCAAGGGCCUGAAAGGCUGCAUCGUGUACACCAGCUCCAGCGCUGGCUUCAUCCCGAACCCUUUCGCGGCCAUGUACGGAUGCACCAAGGCUGGAGUGUCGGAGUUGGCGGCCAGCCUGGCCGUGGAGGGCAAGUCCAGAGGCAUCGACGUGCAUUCGGUGCACCCGAGCCCAGUCAACUCGCGCUUCACCUCUGGGGGCGGCAACGACAUCAAGGUUACGAAGAUCGAGGCCAUGACGGCAGCGUAUAAGUUUGCGACAGGAGACCAGAAGUGUUGCCAGACCAGAUCUUCUCUUGCUUGGGCAGGGCUCCAGUGAUGAUCGACCUCGGCGGCACCUCAGGAAGGCCUGGGAGGAUUUGCUUGGUCGAAACGCCCGAAACGCUUCCAAACUCCCAAUUGUCCAAGGGGGAGAUUUCGGCCUCCACUCUCCACUCUGGAUGUUCUUUUGCUGUAGCGUGAGCAUUUGGGGAAUUAAUUAGGAUGGUCGACGAGGUUGGGGGGCCUCUGGGUAGGUGGAAGCAGUUCAUGAGGCGGACCUGGAAGGUUAGUCAGGUAGAGGCACCCCAUGUCCUUCGCAUCCGGGUGUUGUGAAGAUGACGCGGCGGGCGUUCUUGCCCUGUUGCGGGCUGGGCCCUCAUGGAUCGACUUGGUUCGAAAGAACACGUGCAAGGAUGCGGCCGGCUCUGCGUGAUGUUGUUUGUAGCAUUGCAGGCUUUUCGACGCGGGAUGUCGAGGUCGGGAGCCGAGCGAGCGAGCGGGGUUCCAGGGCUGAGGCGCUCCCGCGCCGCUCUGUUCCGGGCCAGAUCCCCGGAUCAGAUGGCAGCACGCUCGCUCGCUCGUUGCAUUCCCGCACUCAACCUUUAGGCCUCCCC